AUGAGAUGUGACAUACAGGGGGGAGGAGACUCUGACUGGAACUACAGAUGGUAUAAGAAUAGAGACAAGUUCUCCAAGACCAGUGAUGAUGUACAACUGAAUGUGUCUGAUAAACCCAAGGCUGUCCUGAGAAUCUCUCCUCGGUGGCUGAACCCUGGAGACUCAGUGGCUCUGAACUGUAAAGUUGACAAGACGUCUACAGGCUGGAGGUUCUCCUGGUACAGGACUGUUCCCUACAGAGCUGGGUUACCCUCCCUAUCAGACAAGUCUUACUCUCUACAGCCCCUAUCUGACAAUGUGACUAGUGAAGACUCCUACACCCUGAUCCCUGCUGGUCCUACUCACACAGGAGGAUAUGUGUGUAGAGCUGGGAGAGGAGACCCAGUCUAUUACACACUCUACAGUGAACCUCAGUUUCUCUGGUCAGGAGAUCUGCAGCCUUCAGUGUCUCUCAGAAUAAGUCCCAACACAACUCAACACUUUAGAUCAAAGUCUCUCUCACUGAGCUGUGAGCUGAAGGGGAACUCUACUGGAUGGAGACUGAUGAGAUACACAGAGAGAGGAGUAGAGUCAGGGUGUGUCUCUCACUGGGGAUCAAUAACAGGGUCCACAUGUACCAUCAGCUACACAUACACAGGGGACAGUGGAGUGUACUGGUGUGAGUCUGGAUCAGGAGAGAACAGUAAUGCUGUCAACAUCACAGUGGCUGCUGGUGAUGUGAUCCUGGAGAGCCCUGUCCAUCCCCUGACUGAAGGAGACUCUGUGACUCUGCGCUGCAAAUACUGGACAACCAGCUCAAACAUCAAGGCUGAUUUCUACAAAGAUGGAGUACUCAUCAAGAAUGAGACCACAGGAGAGAUGACCAUCCUUACAGUAUCCAAGUCAGAUGAAGGAUUCUACACAUGCAAAUACCCUGACAAGGGAGAAUCACCAGAGAGCUGGAUGACAGUGAGAGUCGUAGCUCCUGGAUCCUCUACACCAGUCCUAGUAGGAGUGGUUGUGGGUCUGGUUGUUGCUGGUGUUCUACUGGUCAUUCUCCUCGUCCUGCUGUGGAGAUUUAAAAACGCCAAAGGUUCCUGUUUUAACAGAAUAUUCUUGCACCCCAAGACCCAGUGUACCAACCAGGACCCCCAACAGGACCAAGGAUCUACCCAGGGUCAGGCUCCUGAUGCUGGGUAUACAUGUCUGCAGCAUGGUGGUGGUCACGUCUAUGAUACGAUCAAUCCCUCAGACAACUAUAAUAAUGAUGCUGCUGCUCCACCAAGUCAUGAGACAUACGCCCAGAUUCAACUCAAAAUGUUGGACAAGAAAAAGAAUGAAAAGCCAGCUGAUCCAAAAGAAAGUCCAGUCUACUCUGAGGUGAAGACAGGGAAAGCCACAACAGCUGGACCUGUUGAUGUGACCUAUGUUGAGGUUGACCUCCAAAAGAAGACCAAAGCCAAGAAGAAGAGAGAAACAACAACCCUACCUGAGGUAGAUUCAGUCUACUCUCAACUGAAGCCAGGUCCUUGAGUGAGAUGGAGGGACACACCAGAGAAGAGGAGAAGUAGGAGCAAUCUGGGAACAUGGGUUAUACAUACUGGAUGCACGCAAGCACACACAUGCAGGCAUGCUCACACACACACAUGCAGGCAUGCUCACACACACGAACACACAAAUACAGAAAAAACACAUUCAUUCUUACAAGUGAACAUGUGAAGUAUUCCAAAAACACGUUCUCAUGUGAUCACGUGAUCUUAUUUGAAGUUAAUAUGACAACAUGUGACAACAUGACAUGGAACAUUUCACGUUACAUUUCUCAUGUGUUUUUUCUGUGAGGGACAAUAUCACCUUGUACAUGAAGGAUUUGUAUGUUAUUUUAAUUUACCAGAUAAAUACAACAAAUAUAUUCUAUUUAACCAUGUGUGUAUUACUGUAACAGCUUAAAUAAAUGAUAUGUUGUAAUGAUA